AUUGGAAUUGGAACCCCAAUUCUAAUUCUUGUGUUUGGAUGCUGCCUUUUCCAUAGAAUUAGCAUUGAAUUCUAAUUCCAAGAGGUUCCAAUUCCAUGAAUUGAAUUCUUUACCAGAUCAAAAGAAUUCUAAUUCCAAUUCCACAAUUAAACGGGUCCAAACGCGGAUCUAAUUUGGAUCAAAAAUUAAAAUCGGGUCAAGGGUAUCGGCACCCCUCUCUUUCUAUCUAACUCACCAUUUUUCCUCAGCCGCAUGUGCUCUCAUUGCUCUUUCUAUCGGGCCGCUCUCAUUGCUCUUGGAAGUCCCCACUUGUACCUUUUCCGACCUAAGAUCCUCAGGUAGAGUUUAUGGGAGUGGGAGGAAUCUGAAUCCAUUGUUGUGGACGUGGAAUUCGAGUCCGAAAUGGAAUGGUGGAUUUGGGAGAUGCAUUGAGGACUCGAUUGGGAAUGUGGAUGUUGGUGGUGGUGUAGGUGUUUCCACCACAGCUACUAGUCAUUGCUCAACUGUGGAGAGGCUGUACGCUUGGGAGAAGAAAUUGUACCAGGAGGUCAAGGUACCUACUACCAUCAGCUUUGUGUGCUACUAAAUCGAGAAUUGUGUGCUACUGCUUCUGGAUUUUGGAACGGACCCCAACAGCAGAGAUAUGGCAUCUGAAGCAACAUCUCAGUCAAAAGGGAAAGGCAAAGGGUAUUUCACUUGGACUCCUGAAAUGGAUCGUGUAAUGGGCACCUGUUUUAUUGACCAAAUGAACCAAGGAAACAAAUUGGAUGGUAAAUGUGCAUGGAAGACAGCAGCCUACACCGUAGUAAUGAAUGCUUUAUUCGAUAAGCUCAAUAUAUCUGUGACAAAGGCUAAUAUUUUAUCUCGUUUCAAGACAUGGGAGAAACACUAUGACAUCCUAUACCCACUGCUCCAGUCAUGUAACUCUGGGUCUGCGAUAAUAUGGGACUACUCUAGAGGUAGAAUUGAUGUUCGUGAUGAGGAUGUAUGGAAUGCUCGAGUAAGUGAGAAUCCAAAAAUUCUUCCUUAUAGAAAAAAAAUUGUGGUUGAAAAUUGGGAGGAUAUCUGUACACUGUUUUCACAAGAUCGUGCAAAUGGAGAGGGUGCCCAAACUGUUUUUGAGGCUAAUGUUGAAACUGAAGUUGAAGAGUCUGCUAAUGUAGAGGAAUCAUUUGAGACUGAUUCACGAUCUUUAGAAGAUGAAGUUAUGAAUGCACUGCUAGCUCGACAACGGUCAAAAUCAAAAGCUUCAUCUUCAACAAAUGAUCGUGGCACAAAGAGAAAACUAACGAGCUCUCAAGUACUUUACAAGGUGUUGGGACGAAUGGCAGAUUCACUGGAUAAGUACUUAAAUUCAGAAUGUUCAAAAGUUACAACUAAAAUGGUGGAAGACGAGUUAUCUAAAAUUGAAUUGGAUAGAUUUCAAUUGUUGAAGGGUAUUGAUUUACUUAUGAAUGACAGGACAAAGUAUGACACUUUUUCUGGUCUUCAAGAUGACUUAAAAAAGGAUUGGCUAUUGAUGCACAUUGGUAAUUGAUUUUUUUUUUUUUGGUAAUCUCCAGUUGAAGUUGUUUUUGUAGAAGAAGUUGAGCUAUUUUCUAUUUGUUUUUGGGAUGAUAAGAAUGGAACAUUGGAUCUUUUGUCUGAUGAACUAGCAUUUUUUAUAUUGAGAUUAACAUAGCUGCCUGGGUUGAUGCCCUGACUUGUCCUUGAGCUGCACGAAGCUUUGCAUUCUUUCUCAAAGUUAAGGAGCUUUUGUAUAAGUGCUCUUCCUGUAUUCUGUCGGUUUUUAGCUGUACUUGUCAGUGCUUAAUUUCAGAUAAGACUCAUGCAUUAGUUUGAUCCUUUUCUGGAGCAACGAAUAUAUUGAUGGAUGGAGUUCUUUCUUUGUUGGAUGGCAAA